AUGGCGUACGCGGUCCGGCAUCUGGUGCCCGGUCCUCUCUCUGCGCCGUCGCCCGCACGCUCGGAGUCGGCUCAGGCGCUGACCCGGCAUUGUUCUUCUCUCGCGUCCUCUCCCUCUGUCUCCACUUUCCUCUACUCUCCUCGGUUUUCGUCUCAGCUUCGUGGACGUUCUCUGCGCUCAUCUGCGGCCUCUCCGCGUUUCCCGCCCCGACGUUUCUCGUCGUUUCCACCCCUGCGCCUGCCUGUCCAUGCAGCCGGUGUCUUCUCGGCUUUAUCCCCGGAACCGGCGUUCCAACCCGCGCGCAAACACUCGCCUCUGCUUGAUGGUGUCUCCGCGUCUCUCUCUGUGCCUCCGUUCGCUGCAUCUCGUAGCCCUUCCCUGCCUGCCUCGCUUCUUCCACGCGUCCAGUCGCGUUUCCUGUCGAACGAAGGCAAGGACAAAACACCGGAACCGGAACCUCGGUCUCCUUCUCCCUCGGGCGCUUCUGAAGCGUCGGUCUCUGCUACCCCCGCUCCGCGCACUCCAGGGGACGAGGCGCAACGGUUUCUCCAGUUCUGCGAGGUGGCCUCGGGCGUCAUGGUGUCUUCCCCAGCUGUCUCGGCCGAGCAGAAACAGUGGAUCUUUUCGGGCGAGGAGGAGCGCGGCGUGAAGUCUCCCGGGGGUUUUUUGGGCCUCGUCUUCGCCUUCAACCAAAAGUUCCAUCGCCUGAGAGACUUGGGAUUUUUCGUCCUUCUCUCCUGCAAACAGGGCGCCCGACAGGCUCUCGUUCUCCUCUCGGAGGAACUCUCUUCCGGCAUCCAGGAAGCGCAGAAACAGCACACGCAGGCGCAGUCACGCGAGGCCAGGGUGGCGAAACGGGGGCUCUCAGCCGCAAACACAUCAGAGACGCCUGCCGCCUCAGGCGUCGCCGCAAAUCAGGCGCAAGGCGAGGAGACAGGGCGCGACGCGGGCGAGCCCGACGCAGCUGAACUCGAGGCGAAGCUGGCGGGUGAAGGCGAGAAGCCGGAGAAAGAAGAGGAGCGUCAGAGACAAGAAUGCUCAGUGACGCAGGAGGGAGGAAGGCCCGCGCGCGAGAACAUUCAGAUGGCCCUGGGGAAGACUGGAGAAACAGAGACUGACAGCGCACACGCCGACGACUCGGCUCCGCAGUCUCCCGGCGCAGGGAGUCUUGAGAACUUGAAAAACUGCGUUGGAGAAGCGCUACUUGCAGGCAUGCAGGCGAAACUCGGCGAAGCUGUUGCAGGCGGCUGUCGGCUCACCUUCGAGAUUGGAGCCUUUCAAAAAGUUCACGUCGCCCGAAUGUGGACAGUCUGCGGCGCCCCGGCAGGCCAUCAUGCGCCGAUUCUGCCUCGGUCCUCGUACCUGGUUCCUGUCACGCCGUUUCUGCACGCGAUUUUGCCGCCGGCAGCGAGGUCGGCCUUCUUUGUAUCCCCUCAGUACCUGCGCUAUCGUCGAGGCCUUCUCGUGAAAGACGCUCCUGUCAACUCCCUCAUGGAGGGGGAAUUCCCAGACGAAGAGGUGAACGACGAAGCCUGGCAUAGGCCAGACGGCCUCAGCGGAGACGCAGGGGACAAAGAGGAGAAGGGACACGCCGCUGGAGACGCGAGAAAACCAGAGGGCGAGAACAGCAGUGCAGCUGCGCAGAAGGCGCCUCUCUCUUUCCCAGAGAAAUUUAGGAAGGUCAUGGAGCGCCUCGAGUUGCUGGACCAGGCUCUGGGGAAAGGCCUUGCAGUAGUCAUGGAGGUGGAGCUUCUGUGCAAGCAAACGUUCGCUGUCCACGACAAAGACAUGAAGCUCCUGUUUGGCAGCGAGGAAGAGGAACAAGUCGUCCAUACACUGCGCUUCCAGUUGACGGCUCGACGGGACGGCAAGCAAUGGGGCGUUCCAACGUUCCAGCCGUCGUCCUGGACUCUCGUUGACUGGAAUGGCCUCGUCGGCUCCGAGUACCCCUGCAGUGUUGGAGCUCUGCGCAACGUUGUCGUCGUGGAGAAGGAUGAGGACCUACCUAAGGGAAAGAAAGUGUGUUACGAGGGCAUCUGCACGAGCGGGCAGCAUUUCCCAGCUGAUGAGAAAAUUCCCUUUUUUGAAGUCGGCAUAAAAUUGCGGCCAGGGGGGGUCUCUCAGUCUGGCAGAUGUUUUAGCCAAGAGUGCUAG